ACAUGACAGGAAGACUUCCAGGAACGUGUUAGUGAAGCGCCUCGCGAGGGUCCUGAAGAAGCAGAAUCUUGCCUGAGCCGAGAAAAUGACUGCCGUGGCCCCUGUAGAACACAGCACAGUGCCGAGGGAGCUGCAGUUCAAAGUGCUAGUGAUCGGGGAAUUCGGUGUAGGGAAGACUGCAGUCAUUCGACGAUAUACAGAAGGGCAUUUUAGCCCAUACUACAAGCUUACCAUUGGUGUAGAUUUUGCUGUCAAGACCCUUGACUGGGAUCCCAAAACAAAAGUGAACAUACAGUUGUGGGAUAUAGCUGGACAUGAGAGAUUUGGACAUAUGACCCGUGUCUACUACAAAUAUGCUGUUGCUGCCAUUGUUGUCUUUGAUUUGUCUCGGCCUCCAACAUUUGAUGCUGUUCUUAAGUGGGUGACAGACAUCCGGGAAAAAGUCACUUUGGGUGACGGACGACCCUUACCUGUGCUCCUGCUGGCCAACAAGUGUGACAUUGACUCUAUCACCAUCCAGCCUGAGGUCAUCUCCAACUUCUGCAAACAGUACCAAAUUGAUGCCUGGUUCCUAACCUCAGCCAAAGAAGAUAUUAACAUAGGAGAUGCAAUGAAGUGGCUUGUUGGUCGAAUUCUGGAACACCGAUCUAACAGCCAGGCUCCAGUGCCUAUUGUUCGAACCCUCGCUCCUGAAGACCCACCAGAGAAGCCAACAACAUUCUGCUGCAGAUGAUGGGUGAAAGAAGUGAAGUUUGGUCAAAUUUCUCAGGUGGUUUUAACCUGAUGUGUCAGGAGGUUGGAUGGGGCCAGGAGUUGAGUGCUCUUGAAAACCCUAACACAGUGUCUUUUGUCACAUUACCGGCUUGCCCAGCAAUGUGAAACAUGCAUGGAGGACAACCGAGCUAAUGUUUGAAACAAGCAUGCCAGGCUGUGAGCAGGUUGGACUGUCGGAGAGCCAGAAAUGAUUUGCAGGCAGCUUGUUAUUUUUAUUGUUCUUUGUUUAUUUUACAUUCUGUGUCUCUUUAUUGUGCCCUCUAGUCAUCAACCACUUUCUAAAUGUUUUGUCUCAAUUCAAAGUACUGGAGACCUGCAUUCUCCAUUGCUUAAGUCUUUCAUUUUGUAGAUAUAUCUACAUUUAUUCUGUUAAUAAACUUUUACUUAAUGAGUUAAGGUUAUCCAUAUAUGGGAUUUAUAUGUACAUUUGUAUGUCAGAGCAUUGAUAUUUUUAAGAUUCCUUUUCUUCAGUUAUUACAAAUUGAGGUAUAUCUGAAUGUUUUAGAUUAUAUUCUUCUUUUUGGUUACCUGAAAGGUAGCUAAGUGCCUGAUUGUAAACCUCAUUGACCGUCCAGUUACAAGUCUCUUACUGCCAGGUGACUGUUGUGUGGGAAGCGAUCCCAUGGUGGCCUUGCCAUAGGUUUUGGUGAAUCAGGGAGUACUGAAGGCAUGCUUUGUCUUGCAAGAUUCCCAUUUACAAGCCUCUCUCAGAGUGCUUUCUUUGUGUGUUGUUGUGUUUAAACACAACAGAAUGUGUAUUAGAGGUUAUUUUUGAAAUAACUGAUAUAUUUUUCUCCAGAUAAUUGUAUCUACAAGGAAAGAAUGUAACUACUUGCAUAAAGUUUUUCCUGAAGUGUCAGGAGUAUGGUGCAUAUGAACCUCAGUUAAAGAUAUUGAAUUGUACAUUUACUCAUGAAUCAUAGAUGAUUGAUCUUUGGCAAACUUUGUGUCUUAAUUUGUUUGGAUCUCUUGUACAGAUGAAAAAAUAUAUAACUGGUGCUGGUGUCUAAUGGAAUGGCAAAACUGUAUAUCUUUUACACCAGCAUUUUUAUAACUGAUCCUUUUAAAUUACAAGUAAAAGUGCUAUUGCAGUCUGUUGUCUGCAAAUCAAGGUAGCUUCUAGUUAAUGCAACAAACAAGAACUGAUGAUAUGUCACCACCUUGUAUAUCAAACUCCCAAUAAUGAUAAUUCAUAUAUAUAAAUCAUUAAUAGUGGAGCAGACAAUCAAAGCAUCUAAAUAUCAUCAUUAGUGUCUUAACCAAGAAUAUUUUAUAAAUGAAGUGUGGUUGUAAGUCCCAAGCCCAAGUGCCCCUAUGAAUAUAUUUGAAUACAUUUUUGCCACAUAAGACUGUGGACAUCUGAUGUAAAAGCAGCUUUUGAUGGACAGCAUAGUGCAUCAGUAGGAAUAUAGUUGGUUGGAACUGAUUAACAUUCUCUCUUUGCUUGUAUUGAGUGCCAUUCAGUAGGUAAAAGGAAAAAGUAGUUUUGUAAUAAUUUCAGUGUCAGUGCUUUUUAACUGCUGAAAUGCUUAUCAUCCUAUUGCCCUGAGGUGCCAGCAGGGUUUGAACUGAAUGCAUGCAAAUUGCCAAGUAAUAUCAAGUUCUUGAUUUCAUCCAUCUCUCUUUUCUUUAUUUCCAUGGACAUUUUACCUGUAUUUAUUUUUUCCUAUUUUAUACUGCUUUGGCAGUACUUUAUAUUUUCUUUUGUCUUUGGGAGGACAGUCUGUUCUGCUAUUUUGUUCAUAUAUAGAGAAGUUUAUGUUUUCUUGUGGUUGAACAUUUGAUCAACUUUCGGUCAGUGGCUUACAGUCUGUGAUAAUGGGUUUAAAAUUAAAACAAGAAAAAAAAAAGUUGAGCUCACACAUUAUGAAGAGUAUAUUCAUAUAAAUAUAUAAUAUGGCAAUAGUAGAUAGUGGUAGUCUGUCAUCCUAUCUCAGUCUAGGUUGGCAGACACUACCGUUUAUGCUCUGGGGAGUAACAAGACAUCUAUUUCAAACUGUAAAAGGUAACAUGUGCAGUAAAUCAUUUGAAUUAAUUGAAUGUGUGCAAUACAAAACAGUUCAUCUGUGAUAAUUGUAUCUGAAUUUGAAGUAAUGCAGCUUCUCACGAGGUUAUCCUGAAUUAAGAGGUAUCACAUGCUAAUUGUGUAUGCACUUUGUACCUGAUUGUUAUUUGUUGAUAAUUCACUUUGUCAUCAUGGUGAGUAGUAAAUGGAAGUGUUGAAGGAUCAACGGAUCAUUUCACAGAAAUGAGACUGAUUGUUCAUGGUGAUAGAUCUGGUAAAUAAUUAAAGUAUGGUGCAAUUUUCAAAAUCCUUGUUGUCACUUAAAAGCACAAAUUCCUUUUGACAGGUAAACUUGGUAAAACACUUUAUAGUAGUACUUGAAGACUGUGUUCAAUCCCUAAAGAUAUUCAGGAUUUAUUAGAUUUUGCUGCAUUUGAUACAAUUUGUGUUUAUGUAUGUAGUUGUGUUGUCACACUAGUUACUUGGAAGUUCAUUUGUUUCAUUUGUUUUUACUUGUAAUCACUUGCUUACCUCAUAGUAUGGAAAUCAGCUUUGGCACAUUCAAGCAAACUGUAAUCAUCACUGUAGUUUUUGUGUAGUUUUAGCUUACAGAAUGCUUUUCAGAGUAAUAGAAUUUGUGCACUGUAGUUUCCAUUUCCCUGUUGCUAUUAGUAUGAAUAGAAAAUACUCUUUAUUUUUCCCAUCAGACUCACACACUACCUCAAGGAAGCAGUUAGUUACUACAUGUCAUAUGCUUUGACAGUAAUUGAGCUUGAGGUUUCUGUAUGAUAAGAUUUACUGUGCAUUUGGCCAAGUACUCUAAUGUUUAUCCAUUUACCUGUCUCGUCUAAUAAGAAAAAGGGAAAACCUAUUUUAGCAAGCAUGUUUGUAUUUUUUUAGAAGAAUAUAUAAUAGUCAGCCUAGAAUAGAAUAAGUCGUUUCUGCCACCAGUGCCAUUAUCCAAUAUUUGGUUGGUGUCACAUGGUUUUCUUGCUGGUCAAGAUAGGUGGCAGAUUUUCAUACAAAUAUUGUAAUCUUUUCAGGAAUAAUGAAUUAGUGUUUUC